AUCAUCCCUUAUAUGCUAGCUAGGAAUCUGAUCCUCCACUCUCUCCUUCGAUCUCUUUGUUCGGAGACUAUAACCCUGUAUCAACCAGAUUAUGUCUACUUAAAUAUAAUAGCUUACAGAAACAAACACCAUGAAAACCAUUCCAAAGCUUUUUCUUCUCUUUCUCUUCCAGAUUCUGUUCCUCUCAUUGCUUCCGUUGAAGACUACUACAUCUCCAACAACACAAGCAGAAGCUCUUAUCAAAUGGAAGAACAGCUUAUCUUCUUCCCCACCUUCUCUAAAUUCAUGGUCUUUCACCAACCUCAACAACCUCUGCAACUGGACCGCCGUUGUCUGCGAAAACACAACCUCAACGGUCUCCCAAAUAGACCUCUCCAAUAUCAAUGUCACCGGAACACUUACCCACUUCGACUUCACUCCAUUUCCUAAUCUCACUGUCUUCAACCUUAACAACAACACUCUCAAUGGGCCAAUUCCAGCAGCCAUUGGAGACAUGUACAAGCUCACUUUGUUGGACAUGGGCAACAACUUUUUGGAAGGGGAAAUACCUUUGGAUAUAAGCAGGUUGACAGAGCUUCAGUAUCUUAGUCUUCACAGCAACAAUCUCAAUGGUACAAUCCCCUAUCAGCUCAGCAAUCUCCAAAAGGUAUGGUACUUUGACCUUGGAUCCAACUACUUGGAAUCUCCAGACUGGUCUAAAUUUUCAUCCAUGCCAUUAUUGACCUACCUUGACCUUUAUCUCAACAGACUUGGUUCAGGAUUUCCAGAUUUUAUAUCCAAUUGUUGGAACUUGACGUUCCUCGACUUGUCAAUGAAUAGUUUGACAGGUCAGAUACCAGAAUGGGUAUUUAGAAAUCUGGGCAAGCUUGAAUAUCUCAAUCUCACAAAUAACCAAUUCGUUGGUCCCUUGUCUUCAAACAUUUCUAAUCUUUCCAAUCUCAAACAACUUAAUCUAGCGGCUAACCACUUUAAUGCUACAAUUCCUCAAGAUAUUGGUUUUCUAGCUAAUCUUCAACAUCUUGAUAUGCAAAACAAUUCCUUUGAAGGUCAAAUUCCUUCCUCCAUAGGCCAACUUAAGAAGCUUUCCUACCUCAACCUUCAAUUCAAUUCCUUGGACUCUACAAUCCCUUCUGAGCUUGGUUCUUGUACUAGACUCACCUACCUUGGUUUAUCUAGCAAUUCAUUUUCUGGUCCUAUAUCCCAUAAUCUAAUUUCUAAUUGGACUGAACUGCGCUCAUUGCACCUUCAAAACAAUAAAUUCAAUGGGCAAAUUCCAUCCCAAAUUGGAUUGUUGACAAAACUCAAUUAUCUUUUCCUGCAUCAAAAUAAUUUUUCUGGCCCAAUUCCCCAAGAUAUUGGAAACUUGAAGGACCUGAGAGAAUUAGACCUCUCUAAAAACACACUCUCAAGUCCAAUUCCUCCAACUAUAGGGAAUCUAACAAAGCUUCAGAUACUUGACCUUUCCUACAACAGAAUCAGAGGCCUAAUUCCUCAGACACUUGGGAAUCUCAGAAACCUUAAAACCUUGAUGCUUUCGGACAAUCAAAUCUUUGGCUCCAUUCCUUCUGAAGUGGGGAAUCUCACAAACCUUGAGGUAUUUCAUGUUUCCUUCAACAACCUCAGUGGACCAAUCCCGCGGGAGAUUGGAAACAUGUGGUCGUCCUUGUCUUUCUUUGAUGUUUGCAAUAACCAACUUUCAGGAGAGUUGCCUGAAACAAUUUCUAGCUUCAGCAAGUUAUCGGAAUUUUCUGUGUUGGGCAAUAAUUUGUCUGGGCCAUUUCCGGACGUUUGGAAAAACUGUUCUGAAUUGUCAAUGGUUAGGCUUGAUGGGAACCAAUUUGUUGGUCAAAUCUCACCCGACUGGGGAAAAUGUGAAAGCCUCAUCGGAUUGAGUAUGGGUAGGAACAAAUUUUCAGGACAAAUCCCACCUGAGAUUGGGAGGUUGUCAAGGUUACAGACUUUAGGCCUUGACUCUAAUAAUUUGACUGGAACAAUUCCUACAGAAAUUGGAAACAUAGGUAAGCUAUACAAGCUCAACCUUACCAAUAAUCAUUUUACUGGGUCUUUGCCUAAGUGUUUAAGCAAGUUGACUCUGCUACGAAAUCUAGAUUUGGCUAACAAUGAUUUGACUGGUAAUAUACCUAUGGAGCUUAGUAAAUUGGAUGAUCUAUUGAGCUUGAACUUGAGCCAUAAUAGAAUAUCAGGCAAAAUACCAUUCGAGUUUGGAAACUUGAAGUUUUUGUACUUGUUAGAUCUCAGCAGAAAUUUGCUUUCAGGGUCAAUCCCUCCAAGCCUUGGUCAGCUUCAAAGGUUACAGAUUCUCAAUGUCUCACAGAACUCUUUCUCAGGAGAAAUUCCAUCUUCGUUUUCAGGCAUUCUUACUUUAGAUACAAUAGAUUUUUCCUUUAACAAUUUGACUGGUCCAAUCCCAGAUAGUACUAUUUUCCAUCUUGCUCCCAGAAAUGCAUUCGUUGGAAACUCUGCUUUGUGCGGAGAUGCAGAGGGACUAGCUCCAUGCAAUCGAAGAGGAAAGUCCAACAACAAGGUUCUGAUUUAUGUUCUUGUUCCCAUUUGUGGCGUGUCAGUUUUGGCAAGCAUUAUCUCUGUGUUUCUCAUAUUGCAUCGAAACCCCAAAAGAGAAAAUGAUGAUCUGAAGGAAAAGACUUCGGAAUAUCAGUGUUGCAAAUUGGUGAUAUGGACAAGAGAAGGGAACAGAUUCAUUUUUGGAGACAUUGUGAAUGCAACCGAAAACUUCAACGAAAAGUACUGCAUUGGGAAAGGAGGCUCUGGAAGUGUUUACAAGGCAGUUUUGAGGACAGGUCAAGUUGUUGCAGUGAAAAGGCUGAAUAUAACAGAGUACUCUGUUGAUAUUCCAGACAUAUAUCUCCGGAGUUUCCAAAACGAGAUAAAGACAUUGACAGAAGUCAGGCACCGGAAUAUCAUCAAGCUUCAUGGGUUCUGUUCUUUGAAGGGAGUUAUGUACCUGGUUUAUGAAUAUGCAGAGAGAGGUUCUCUGAAGAGAGUAUUAUAUGGGAUUCAAGGUGAAACAGAACUUGGAUGGUCUAAAAGGCUGAAAAUUGUGGAAGACUUGGCAAAUGCGCUUUCCUACUUGCACCAUGAAUGCACUUUACCAAUAGUUCACAGGGACGUGACAUUGAACAACAUAUUGGUUGAUAGAGAAUUAGUGCCAAGGCUUUCAGAUUUUGGUACUGCAAAGCUUCUGACAUCAGAUUCGUCCAACUGGACCUCUGCUUUUGCUGGGUCUUUUGGCUAUAUGGCCCCGGAGCUUGCGCUUUCAAUGCAGAUCACAGACAAGUGUGACGUUUAUAGCUUCGGAGUGGUAGCGUUAGAAAUGAUGAUGGGAAAACAUCCAGGGGAACUUCUUAGCUAUGUUAAUUCAGGACCAUCAAAAUCAUUAUUAGACAUUGAUGAUAAUGCAGAAGAUUUGCUGUUGAAGGACGUUUUAGAUGAUCGGCUUCCGACACCGAAAGGUGAAGUUGCAGCAGCAGUAGUGAGAGUGGUGAUGUUAGCCUUGGCCUGCACGCAAACCUCUCCGCAGUGUCGACCAGACAUGCGCUUUGUGGUGCAUGAACUAUCCCAAAGGAGUAGGACCCGGACUCGGUUGUGUCAACCUAUAGACUUGAUCACCAUCAACAAGCUUUACAAGUGAUUUUUUCUCGUUAAUACAUAUACAUAUAACAUUUAAUUAUAUUACUAAGUGUUUGUUUAUUAUUUAUUGAUUUACUUGAUUCAUGUGGUAAGCUAUUUGUUUAGUAUUUAUUGGUUUACUUGAUCCAUAUGGUAAGCUAAUUUCGUUGCACCUAUAUUUGAGAUGUG